CCAACAUCAAUUGGUUAUCUUGUUUUACAUAAAAAACAUUUAUUCGACUACUUGGAACUGGCUAUCUAGGACGGUGACAGCACUCACCGCGACCAAAUACCCUAGCCUUUAUACCUCGUCAUCGUGCCCGCCAUCAAACCCGGUCACCAUCACUAAUCGGGCACUUGACACAUAGCCAACACUCCUUCGUUCAACAAUACACGUCCUACGUGAGCUGGCUCAAAUUCCAUACCCCCGCUGCUCGCACCCUUCUGUCAUUUCUCCAUCUUGAAUCCGAACAAGACAUCCCAAUCAUUCUCAUUUACGCUGCACGAUUGUUGACCGAGGAACCCAACUUCCAUGUCUCAACAGGUCGCCCUGAAUUCAAUCACCUCCCUCGAGGACAGACUCUGUCCGGGCUGCAAGCAGUAUGCCGUGAACGAGAAUGGAGGUUUGGUUGUCGCGUUUGGACAGUCAUUUUUUCACGUCGACUGCUUUAAAUGCGCGAAAUGCCAUCAACAGGUGACUGCUGACACGAAUUUGCUACUACUUUCAGAUGGCUCGCCAAUAUGCGCCAACUGUUCGUACAAUUGUAAUGUUUGCCACCAACCCAUCCUCGACGAAGCUAUCAUGACCGGAGACGAUUCAUACCACGCACAUUGCUUUAAUUGCAAGGUUUGUCAUAACCGAAUUGACGAACUAGUAUUCGCCAAGACCAGUCAUGGCAUCUAUUGCAUGACUUGUCAUAACGAACGCAUGGCCAAGAUUCGCCGCCAUGCACAGAGGAAGCGCGAACGGGAGAAGGCUGCUGAGGGAAGUGCAUCAUCUUCAACACGAGAACGAGAGGCGCGAGAAUUUUUGGCAGAGAACGCGGUGUCUGAUCGACAACAAGCUAUUUCACCCCCUUCGUCUUCGUCUGUGCGUUUAAAGCCUUCAGCGACGACUUUUCGGGAUACUCCAUCCAUGAGGAGUCUCAAUCAACCCAGAGAGGACGCCUUGUCAGCGCUGGAACGAAAUCGAAAAUCAUCACCACUUCAGGAUGAACCUCCUCAAACAUCAGCCAAGAAUGGUGCGCAACCGUCGAUAUUUCCUUCAAGCCCACGGCCGAUCCAGCAUAAACUUCCCGCUUCUUCACGAUCACCACUAACUAUCGCACCCCCUGACAACAGCGACGACGUUGAUGAUCCAGGUCCGUCAAGCCCGCAGAGUCUGCAGGCUCAGGAUGGAGUUGGAGGGACAUUCGCACUUUCCAGGAGAAAGAGCUACGAUGACGGGCACGCGGAGAAGGAUUCUUCGGACCAGCCUAGCCUGGGCGUACCGAAUGUCACGUCUCGAAGACUUGCUCUGGAUUAUAAGAAUUUGUCCCGGCCUCCUACUACAGCUGGACUUUCUCUGCCAGAACAGAUGAUUCGAUCGCAGACGUUACCUCCACUCUUUUCCGAUUCUCUACUUCGUGACAACGCCUCAGUCUCGACCAUAUACCAUUCUCCUCCUUCAUCACCUGCUCCUGUUCCUCUAGAAAAUGGGCGAGCGACACCCGAUAGUCGUAUGCGCUCAAUGUCGCAUGAACCCCUUCAACCCCAGAUAAGUCCUAAUUUGGAGAAAGUUUCUACUCGUCCAGACUCACAGAACCAUGCGAGAAACCCGGCCAACGGCUUGCAUACUCAACAAGUUGACGGACGUCUGUCGCCCUCUGGCCCUCCGAGCGAGAGGACAUUGCGCAUAGAUAAUGCACCCAGUAGCUCAAUAUCGGAUCGCUCGGGUGUAGUUACUCCAACGUCCCCAUCUCAUAGAGCGGAUGUCCCUCAUGGGAUUGAGAGUGGUACAGACACAGACGUAGAAGGGGACGGCAGUCGCAAGUCCUCAGACGAUAGCCCUUCACCCACUGCUCCCGCUCCUCCUGUCCCACCCAAAGAGCACAGGGCAAAGGCACGCGCAAAUGAGCUCAAGCUGGACAUUGAUCCCGAUGCAUCUGCUGUAUCACAUAUGGAUUCUAACUCGGACGAAUCUUCGCCAGUUGAACGCACGUCGGUCGCAACGUUUAUCGCGCCCGCCCUUCUUCCUCCUAUUCGUUUUUCCAUGACAGGCUCGGACUUCUCAGACUUUCUGAGGUCGAUUGCCGAGGGAGAUGAUUCUCGCAAGGAUGAAUCGUUACCUAGUCCAGCAGCAGCUAGGAGUGCGGCCUGUGUUGACCGUAUCAACGGAGCUAAAGAUCCUCGGGAGCGAACCAUUUCUACCGCAUCCCAACCGCCGCAUGAUCACCAACGAGAUCCCUCGAAUUCUUCUCAAUUACUUGAUGCUGAGGCGAAAGACCUGCUUUCAAGCUUGCCUCACGACUUCUUGUCAAGAGGCCGCUCUUCUUCCGAGUCGCAUUAUCCCUCUCUUCACAGCUUGACUCGAAUGCAUCUUUGGAUCCCAAUGCGCGCAUCGUCGUCACUUUCGCCCGAUUCAACCAUUUCAACGCCUAUUAACAGCGAUUCAUAUGAUCUUGUGAUUCGUCGCCUUCAUGAGAUUCUCGAUGACGCAAGCGAACAUGGCUAUCAGCAAUUGAAAUUGGACAAGAACUUCGUCUGGACCAUCAUUACGUCGAUGAAGCAACGAAGGAUAGAACACGGAGAGCUCAAGCACAAGUAUGACGGCACAAAGAGGGCGAGCCAGCAAUAUAUCGAGGGUCUUACCGUUGCCCAGAAAGAGCAUGACCGCGAACUUGUUGCUCGACGGAAUGCUGAAGCAGAGGUCACCCGCCUGCGUGUUUUGCUGUCUGGUCAAGCUGCAAAGUUGACUGCUCUCAAUGGCGAGGCAAAUAGGUCGGAAACACGACGACAGCUUUCCCAGGACCUUGCCAAAAAGCUGGAUCUGUUGGAGCACGAUCUGUCCCAUCUGAAAGCGGAGCGAGAUAUGACUUUAGCAGAGCUUGAAGAACUCUGCGCGUCAAAGAAUUGCCCUAGCGUUAUAAACUCGGGCGAGAUACCUGCCGCACAGAUGAGCCGGUCUUUGACCAUGCGCUUGGACAACAUCAAGACGCAGUAUCAGCACGAGCUCAUUCCUCUCACCCAGCAGCGCGAGGCUCUCAUCAGAGAGGUGGCAGAGUUGAAAGCUGCCCGCGAACAAUUCCUUGAGGAGACGACUGUCCUUAACGCUCGAAACGAAGAACUGGCGCAGCUUAGUGCUCAGUAUGUGCGUCGAAUAGAGACCUCUCGUUCAGCAACACCUACUAUGGACGUCAUUGGCUCAAAGGACGAAUCAAGAGCAAACUCCGUUCGCGAGAAGAGUACAUCGUUUGACCACGAACACCCUCAGUCUGACUUCCCAUCAAUGUUUUCAUCACUCAACGGCUUGGCAGCGCGCAGCACGACAACAUUGGUUGAGGAGUCAGAGGCCAAGUUCAACAAGGCUAGCCGCGCCGAGUUAGCAGAUUCCAUGCCCUCGACGCUGAAGUCCGCAAAGUUCAAGUGGCCUAUGGCUAGAGGUCGGGAUCCCUCGCUUUCAUCAAUUGAUCAGAAGGGCAAAGGUCGAGUGGCUCAUUCCUUCAACCAGACGAGCGUACUCCGCUUUACGCGGUGCGAUCAUUGUGGAGACAAGCUAUGGGGCUCCCAGUUCCGAUGCUCAGGCAGUUCUUCAGUCUGCCAUAUAUCCGUGCAUCCUCGCUGCGUGAAUCAAGUGUAUGUAGCAUGUUCCCAACAGCCCCCUCGCCGAGAUGAUGCGAUUACACAACCUCCUCCCUCCAUGUUUGGCCGUGAUCUUGUAGAACAAGUGAAAUCGGAUUCAAAGCGGGGUGAACGGAGAGUUCCUGUCAUCGUGGAGAAAUGCAUCGACGCGGUGGAGGCUCUCGCGCUGGACUACGAGGGUAUCUAUCGCAAAACUGGCGGUUCUGGGCAAACGAAAAUUAUCAUGCAACUAUUCGAGCGAGGGGACUAUGGGGCAUUCGAUCUGCGUGACGAAGAUCGGUUCAAUGAUAUCUGCAGUGUCACUUCCGUCUUAAAGACAUAUUUCCGUCAAUUACCUGUCCCUCUUUUGACUUAUGACCUUCAUGGAGAGUUUAUCUCAGCCACUUCACUCAAGGAUGCUGGGCUCAAAACCCAGUACUUGCAGGAUUUGAUCAACCGCCUUCCCAGCGAGCACUAUCACACUCUACGCCUGCUUGUAUUGCAUUUACACCGUGUAUUGGAACACAGCGACAAAAAUCUCAUGAAUGCGAGGAACUUGGGGGUGGUCUUUGGACCCACGCUAAUGCGUUCUUCAGAUCCAAGUUCUGAGUUUAGUGACAUGGCUGGCAAGGCCAUGAUGGUUGAAUGGCUCGUAGAUAACGCACCCUCCAUUUUCCAGUCGCAAAUAUCCCGUUGAUUUCUCACAUUCUAUUCCGGAUGGACUUUUCCGUAUGUUAUUGUAUACUUCGUAUUUUCUCGGGUACUAUGGCAUUCGUCUCUAUGGUUGUCCUUUGCUUAUCACCGGGUAGUGUAUCUACUCAAUACUUCUUAGCGACAGAUCGAACAAGAUGCACUUCGACGUUAUCACCCUAACUUAUCACUUAUAUCGGUAUGUACUUUAUUCGAAUUCAACGGGCUAUUCAGAUACUGUUGCACCUGA